ACCGCAUAAACGGCUACCUUUGGCUAUGUCAUAAGCUGUCACAUUGACGAUAGUGUGUAAAUAUGAAUAUUUCAUUAAUAAAAUGGCUUCUGGUAAUUUACGAUUGCCGGUAAUUAUGGUGAAGUGUAGAUAUAUAAUAGGAUUAUUCGUUACAAUUUUCUUGAGAAAGAACUCGAGGAAUAGCAGUCCAUUUAACAAUUUAAAUAAUUGUUAAUAUUCUUCUUCUUCUUCUUCUUCUAAGUCACCGAUCACUAAUCACAAUCGCAGUGCUUGCAGAAAUUCAAAUCUGUGCGUAUUUUGUGUUUAAUAUGGCUUACACAUCACUGCCGCAAUUUAUCAGCUUAAAUCCAUUAUCAUCUAAUAAUGUUGAGAAGACUUUAUCCGAAAUAUUACAGUCUGAACCAGUAAGACGGCUUCUUAAUCAGCCUAAUAUUAUUAUCAAAACUGUUCCAUUGAAUAAUCAACCUAAAUCAAAUUUGACAUCAAACGCUACCAACUCAAGUACUGUCGAAAUCUCCACGAAUGUAUAUGGAAAUAAAAACAAUGGUACCCAUUCGGAUUUAAGUAGAGACAAACAAUCAGAAUUAACUAUACAUUGUAAUAAAUCAAAUAAGGAUGAAAAUGUGGAAGAUGAAAAUCUUUUACCUUCCAAAACAGAAGGAAAAUCUGAAAUCUCCUUGCUACCCAUUAGAAGAAGGAAAAAGGAUUGCGGACACUGUGAACCUUGUGAGAACAUUACUUGUGAUGUUAUUGUUGAACAGUGUAUAGAUAACAAUGGAAUAUCUCUUAUGUUAGCUUUUAAUAUAGACGAAUGUGAAAUAGAUGCACCUGUGUCGAAACAUUGUAAGAACAGUUCCUGUGACGCAUUAAGUAUCGACCAUGAUCGUUGUCGUAGAGCAAUUAUAGGAUUAAACAGAUAUGAUAAAGAUAAAAUAUGUGAUAUCUGUGGUGUUAGAUUGAAAACAUUAAAAUCUCGAGUACAUCAUAAGAAUUGCAAAAGACGAAAUGAAUACAGGCAUAAUAAAAUAGAUAGCACGCAACUUUUGAAAGAACGAAUGCGCGAAAGAGAAUUGCAAAUGUUAGAAAAUGCAAAAGCAAAAAAACAAGAUUAUAUGGAUCCAAUAACAGGAUAUAAUCGUGCUAUGGAUUUUUUAAGAAAUAAUGAUGAGUUAAUAAUUAUUCCUAAAACGCAGUCUCCUAAUCAAUCUGGUAUGAUUAUAACUUCCUCGUCUAACCAAAUUAAUCAGCAACAAACGGAUAACAUCGGUAAUAUGUUCUCUUCAAAAUUUCCACUAAAUAUACCUCUGGUAUUUCCACAGCAAAAUAUAGUUCUAAAUAAAAAUGCAGGCUCUAACGAAACUAAUGCAUUGCAAACUAAUAUAACUCAUAUACCAGACAGUAAACCUAUAAUGAAUACUUCAAUUACUACGAUUCCAAAUAAAGUAAUAAAUUUGACUAACUCACCUCAAACCGACGUACAAACUAUAUUAUUGAAUGAUUGGUUGUUAUCGCAAUCUCAUAUUAUUACAGAUUCUUCCCUAAAUUCUAAACCAUUUAUAACUCCUAUUCGUGUUGUACCAAUUACUAAUUUAAUAACACAGCCAUCGUUAUUACAUCAAACACAAGGUAUUCCAAAAUUUUGUAUUAUGGCAGAUAAUUCAUUACCAGCUUUAACUGUACCAGAUAUAAAGCCUGUUAUAUCACCAAAACCUGUAGACAAGCCAAGUAGCAAUUUAGAAGAAAAUCCUAAAAAAGAAGAAUUACCAAAGCGUAAACGGUCAGGAGUUAAGAAAAAUGUACGAAAAAGAAACCGUAAAAAAGACUUGAAAUGUAAUUAUUGCAACAAACACUUCAGUACGGAUUGGUACUUCAAAAUUCACAUUGCUAUGCAUAGCGGUGAGAAACCUUUUACGUGUAGAUUAUGUGAAGAGUCAUUUAGUAAUAGAUAUGAUCUAAAAAAGCAUGUAACAAGUGAUCAUAAGAACGAGAGCAUUAAUUGCAAUGAUUGCGAUUUCAUUUGCACUUCGUAUUCGUCACUUGACAAACAUAUGAAAACCCAUUCACACAAAAGUGAUGAUUACGAUCCUACGUUAAAAACCAUUAAUGAUUUUAAUUCUAAUAAACAGAAAUGUAAUAGUCAUAUUGAAACUGAUAUUAAUAAUACAACGGAUAUAGAAUUAAAUAGUAAGGAGAUUAAAAAAGAAGGAAAAAAAAAUCAUGACAAUUCGAAUAAUUUGUGUAAUAUAAAUAAAGAAAAAUGUGUACAUGGUACAGACACAAAGAAGCUUCAUGAUGCUAAUAAAAAAAGUAUCAAAAUGCAAGAAAAACAAAAGAAAGUUUCUUUAGAAGAAACUAAUGGUGUUAAAGUAAAUGGUGCUGAUUCUCUUCCAUAAUAAAAUCAAGAUUAAAUGAAAUUUAAUGAGAACCAAACCAUAGUUAAAUGAUUGAAUGUUAAUCAUUAUCCUGAUAGAAUAUAUUCUCUAUAAAUAAAAAUAUCACAUUCCAUGCCAAAACUUGUAUAAAAAGUCACACGAAAGCUUAAUGCUUUGAAUAAAGUGAUAUUUCUUUAAAAGAAAUAAACGAUUAAUUUAAAUGCGACUAUGAUUACUUAUUUCAAAUAAGAUUCGGCUGCAAAAAGAGUAAGAAAUUAAAAAUUAGUAUUUCUUCUAAAUAAAUCACGCAUAUUUUUCAGCAUGAGAAGCCUUGAAAAGAAAUAAAUUUCUUGAUUAUUGUUAUAGUUCGUUAAAGCUUUACAGCAGCAGCAACAGCAACAAUUCGUAGUAGCAGUGUGGCACGUGGAAUAUUUUUAUUAUCAAAUUAAAAAUUACUAAAUUAUUUGAAAGAGAGAAUCGUAGAAUGAAAAAUGUAUUUUUUGUAAUUUUAAGUAGCUUUUAAUGAAUUACGGAUUAGCCGAGUAUUAUUUAUCAAAUAAAGAAUUACAAUUAGAGAUAGAUUAUAUAAAUUGUGUGAACUGUGAUAGAUGGCCGCCUUCGCUAAAAUUAUUUAUCAUAUAUUUCAUUUAUUUAAAUUUUUAUUUAGAAAGAUAGUAGUAUACCUUUGUUGUUGUUUUUUGUUCUUAAAUAAUAUAUUAUUUGUAUGAAAUUUAAUCUUACUUAAAAGUUUUCGUAGAGUGAUGCAGAGAUAAUGUUUAACGAUAAAUUCGAGCACAUCUCAUCGUCCGGUGUAUAAAUAUUAUUCUAAUUAUCUAUACUGAAUAUAGAAUGUUAGUAGAUAUACAUAUCACUUAACGCACAGAUUAUGUAAAUGAUGUUUUAUUGGUUUCUCUUUCUAGUUAGUAUCUUUUGCAAUAAUACGAUGAAUGUUGAAACAAUUCUUACAAUUUGUAACAUUGAAAAGAUGUAAAUAUUU